AUGAUGUGGUGGAAGAGUGGUGCCGCUGGUGCGUUUCCUGCAGCUUCCUGUGCACUCGAUAUCCGACUUCCCGUCUCUGAGUUGGUUUUCCGAUUUGCGAUUGGAGAUUCGGAGCCAGAAGGGGAUCUCUGGUCAUGGAUUCACAUCCUCGAUCUUGCCAUGCUGGUUGUCGCGCGAAGAUGUCGUGUUCCCUGGGUGCGACAUCUUGUAUUGCGGAUCCAGAAUUCAUUGGUGUUAACCCACUCUGGCAUCGAGCAGCUGCCGCGCACCUUCCCGGGACUCGAACAGCUGUGCGUUCAGGUCAUCGAUGGGCCUUAUAACACAGAGAUGGCCGCGAGCGAGCCAGCUUGUGUGCUUCCGUGUGUGCGCGAGCUGACCACAGCCUGCAAAGUGUUGCCUGCAGUUCUCCCAUGCACACCAUUUGUGAACAAACUGAAGAUUUGGAAUGAAGCUGCCGGGAGACUGCUGUUUACGCUCCAGCGCAUCGAGAGGUAUAUUCCGCCCACGAUAACUAACGUAGCAUUGCAGUCGGAUAAUGGCAAUUACUCCCUUUGGUCCGGGAUCCUUGCCUUCUUCCCGAACCUGCGCACCCUCGAUUUCCGUGUCAAAGAGUCCAGCGGUGAUUCUCGGCCAAGCGAGGCCCCUCACUUCCUCGCCAGCCUAUCGACCAUCCUUCCGCCCACUCUCGAAAGUCUCCGUGUCCAUAUUUGGUCCUCAAGGGCUGUCCUUCCCGGGGGGCAAACGGGAAGAGUGGGAUUGAGCCGUCUUCCAAGCGCGGAUGAGCUCCAGGCAGAACUACUGAAAGGCGCGAGUAGGAGCAGGGAUGGGCUGCGACGGUCGAUUUGGCGUGGCUUGAGUAAUCCCUCACUUUUCGCUGGCGAGUCUGACACCCAGGGUGGCGGCCUCUACUGGGCGGAAACAAGCGGCGUGAAAUCAGCCGCGGACGGCCCGGAUGGCAAGCAGCAGGGCACAACCGGCGGCGGGGACAAGUCGCUACGGCGUGUUCAAGUUUUUCACGGUCUACUGCCCCCACCGACGGCGCUCCGCCUUCCGCAGACACCACCGGCCCGUUCGCCGGCGCUGCAAUCGAUUCCCAUUCCACUCCUCUCCACCUGCCCCCAUGUCCUCUCCAGUCCCCGUCUUCGACGCAAAAGCGAUGCCCUUCCGCCGGUUGGGCCCCAGCGGUCUGCGCGUGCCGCUCUUCUCUCUCGGCGGCUGUCCGUCUUUGCGCAUUCCCCAUUGGCUUUAGCUGAGCUCUCGACAGGGCUCACCCUCGGAGGCUCCGUCGUCGGCGAGAGCGUCAAGGACAUCAUGCAGGCCGCCUUCGAGAAUGGGAUCAACAUGUUCGACACCGCGGAGGACUACCAGAAAGGUGCGGCUGAGCGCGAAAUGGGACACGCUAUCAAAGAACUUGGCUGGCGCCGCACGGACCUCGUCAUCUCAACCAAGAUAUUCUGGAGCCACGAGCCAGGCACGGGCCCGAACGACACGGGGCUGUCGCACAAACACGUUAUCGAGGGCACGAAGGCUUGUUUGCGACGGCUCCAGAUGGACUAUGUCGACGUCAUCUUCGGCGCAUCGUUGCGAUACCACCGGCUAGUUCCGAUGGAGGAGAUCGUCCGCGCAUUUAACUAUGUUAUCGACCAGGGCUGGGCUUUCUACUGGGGCACCUCCGAGUGGAGCGCGCCCAGAUCGAGGAGGCGCAUCGUGAGCGUGUACCUCUCCCGAGACCUCCCGUCGCUUACCCGCAGCACAGAUGUUGCCACGCGCUUAAACCUCAUCGCGCCGAUCGCGGAGCAGUGCAAGCACAAGUCUGCGCCAUCUUCUUUCUUCCUUCGAAAUAAUGCUGAGGAGACGAUAGCAUGUUCCACCGAAACGUCCGGAGAAGGAAUACGCCCCUUUGGCGGACUGCUGACGGGGAAGUACAACGACGGCAUCCCAGACGGCACACGCGCCGCCACCGUGCCCAUGUUCCGCGGGGCGACGGAGGGUCCCCAGGGCGAAGAGCUGCUUUGGAAAGUGCGUCUCCUCAGCCAAAUUGCUGCGGGUGCGUCGUUUCUCCCCGACUUGCUGAACUCUGGGCGGAACCGCGCUGGCGCUCGCCUCGAGGCGAACCUCGGCGCGCUUGAGGUCCUGCCCAAGCUGGAUGCUGCGGUGUUGGCGCGGAUCGAGGCUGUGUUGGGUAACCACCCACAGGAGCCGGAGACGUAUGGUCACCCGCCGCUGGAUCAGGGCAUCCUUUGA